AUGGCAGGCUAUGCUAUUGCCCCUGGCGAAAGUAGCGUCCUGACACUUAUUGCUACCACAGUUGGUACAGGUCUCUGUAUCGGUUCUGCCAACGCCAUUAAUCAAUGGAUCGAAACGCCUUACGAUGCACAAAUGUUGCGUACUCGCAACCGAGUGUUAGGAAGAAGAGCUUUAUCGCAAGCCCAUGCAUUCACCUUUGGUUCAGCUACAGGUAUUGCUGGAGUGGCUCUUUUAGGUGCCUGUGUCAAUCCCAUUACUGCUGCUUUGGGGGCAGCCAAUAUAAUCUUAUAUACCUGUAUCUAUACACCCAUGAAACGUACUUCCAUUGCCAACACAUGGGCUGGUGCGGUGGUGGGUGCUAUUCCUCCCAUGAUGGGUUACACUGCUGUCACUGGCACAUUGGCAGAUCCAGGUGCUUGGGUAUUGGGUGGCCUGCUUUAUGCUUGGCAGUUCCCUCAUUUCAAUGCUUUGGCAUGGAAUUUACGCGCCGAUUACUCAAAAGCCGGUUAUCGUAUGAUGGCUGUCACUGACCCCAAAUUAAAUGCGCGUGUCUCAUUACGUUAUAGUUUAGCCAUGUUCCCACUGUGUGCUGCUGUGCCUUAUUUGGGUUUGACCUCUUGGUGGUUUGCUGCUGAUUCUACCAUCAUUAAUGCCGCUAUGGCCUUUGGUGCUUAUCGAUUUUGGCGAAGCAGUAAUGAAAAGACGGGUAAACAAUUAUUCUUUGGAAGUGUUAUCCAUUUACCAGUCUUACUUGCGUUACUCAUGGUUCAUAAAAAAUGGAAUUUGCCUGGACAUUCGAACCACGUUCGAACUGAAAAGGAUGAAGAAAUGGACGAACUUAUCGAAUGGGUGAUUGAAGAAAACUAG